GUUUCGGAAUUCCUGAAACCAAACCCUAUUUCGGAUAUCACCAGCUUCCCCACAAUCCACGAAGCGUGAAGGUCAAGGUCACGAAGUGCAGAAGCGAGUUGGCUUGGAUAUUGAUGAACUGUGAUGGACCUCACCGAUUCGAUUCGAUUCAGUGGAUGAUGGUGUGAGCUUCCCUUCCGUGCCGAAUGCCGCAGUACCGCCUCCUCCAAGCAAUGAGCAAUGAUCCAAUAUCCAAUGUUCGUCUCAUUUUCUACAGCGACUGACCUGCCAAAGGAUUCGAUUCGAUUCGAUUCUUCAAGCUACUAGCCAGCCAGCUACCUUUAGCAGGUAAUAGCAAGGACAGCAUCAACGCUACGAUUGUUUUAGCUACAAUGAUCAAAGACGCAGCUACAUGUAACACUGGACCGGAACGAGGGGAAGUGUUGGUGGAAUGGAGAGCUUCUUCCGACACCAAGACUGAGGAAGAAGAAGUCCUUGGUGGCAGCUACCAACGCCGCAGUCGAGAAAGCGGAAGCCGGACGAAACCAUCAUCAGAAACCUUGCCUCCUCGAACAGUCUCGGCUCCCGCCCCCACCUUGGAGGAAAUUCCUGCAAAGAGUAACCCCAACAACAACAACAAAAAAUGGAACGAAGCACUCCACGCCAGCUUGGGCAAUGUGUGGAGUGGCAUUACGGGUGGUGACUCGUUUUCGGAUGACAACGAGGAGGAGGACUUGUGGGACCAAAAGGACCGCAUUCGCACGGAAUACUACCUGCAACAGUACGACAAGUUUCAGUACACACCCGAAGAUGUGGCUCGUCUCCUCGUCUCCGACGAUGCCGCCUUUCAGAGUCUGCAAAAAGCAUUGCGCAAACGCCACGCCGUCACCAAUGGGCACCUGACGCAAAACCUACACCUUUACAUCAAGAAGGUGAAAGAUGUACAAGCGAAAAAGAGAUUGCUGUAGUAGAGGAAGAAGAAAGCAACCAUGAGAAAACCUCGGGUGGCUAGCUAGUGAUGGUGCGUGGUGCCAAGUAGAAUACAUGAAUACAUAGUUACUGUUACUGUUAGCGAUAGCUAUUCAAUACAUACAUAGACCUAUACAGAAGGACGCACUGC